UUUCUUUGGAAUUCGGAUACCAGAGAGGAACGAAAAACUGUGCUGAGCAUCGGGUUACGGCCACCACGCACUCGCUUACGUGACCGAACGACGACUCGUUAAAGAUGUAUGUGUAAGAGUGCGGUAUGGGCCAGGCCGGCAGCCACGCGCCGCCGCCUCAGCGCGGCCGGCGAGCGCACACCCUGCCGCAUGACCCACCCCGGCUAGCGCCCAAGGUGCUACCAACCCUAUGCGAGUCGCCGCGCUUGCGCAGUACAGACAACGGUGCGAUCCUGCACUCGGGUGGCACUAUCAGCGGCAGGAGACCCAACACUAUACACGAAAAUGUUCCACAUGGACAUGUGCACGCGAAUGUGUACCGAUCCCGGUCAGCUGGCACCUCUGGUGACAGCAGCGAGAUACGCUCCAGGGAGCGAGACCCGCUGCACAGGUCACACACCAACCUCGAGCUACGACAUGAUAGCAGCAGCAUUAACAAACGAUUUGGAUCUGAACCAGAUCUAAGAAUAGAAGAAGAACAGAAAACGAGAAAUGGAAACAAACACUUCCGAAAAAAGUACAGAGCACCUCCUCCUCCCACCAAUGACAACUUCGAAGGUUCGUCGCCUGAUUCCAGCGAAGGAAACACUAGACCCGAGCCACAGAGGAAACUAAGACUGUUCAAAACAAGAAACGAAACCAAAAAACUGAACGGCCAAGACAAUUUGCAGUUCAGAAAUUCAUAUCACGAAUACAAGUCACUCGACAUGACCGAUAAUGCAGCUUUUGAACGACGGUAUCGGUCGCCUUGUAAAGAUAAGGAACAACAUUUCAAGUAUCCUGACAACCAGGACAUGGUGCAGAGCACUGCCUCACUCAAGAGAGAGGAACGACUUAUACAAACGAAGCAAGACUACAGGAAGACGAGGAUAGAUAGAAUGAGCGGGUGUCGAGCGAAGACGUCCAAGAACGAACAAAGCGAAGCCUGGAAGACGCCACUACUAAACAGGAACUUUAGGUACUCCGAGAGGUUCAAGAAAGAUGACAAUGAACUGCCCACGCUCAGGAGAGAGAGGACCUUCGAUGAAACUUUGAUGGCAAGCGAAAGAGAAAACGAAUCCUCUAGAGCGGCACAUGAGAGCAGGAUGAAAGCCAUCGGCGAGCAACUCAGGGGGAGCAAACUGAGCCCUCUGGCGGAGACCAGUAAACCAUUGAGAAAAUCUCUUCCUUCACUAUUGUUAAAAAAUAAUGAAGAAAAAGAUGAAUUUCAAGCGGAACUUAAAAAGGCUACGAGUAGAAUUAGAAAUCAAUUAGGCAGUAAAAUUAAUGAUAGUGAAACCAAAACUAGUCAAGAGAAGAAAGAGCAGAAGAGCCCAACGAAAAUACCGAAUAAAGUCAAAAAGUCUAGUCUAACAAGUGCUGCCAACAAGCAAGACGCUAAGGUCGUCAGUAGGAGGCCUCUAGGUCGAGCUAACGAGGAUAAAACUAGACAGACGAAUAACAACGUCAACGCCAAGAUAGACAGCAGAUAUAAAGUGAGCAGCAAGGAGAACAGCCGCCCGAUGCCGGACAGAGGGCAGGCCUCCGGCAAAGAAUCCACGCCUGAACAUUCACCUACUAGAAAGUUGGACUCCUUAAUUAACCCACCUCAAGAAAAAACAAAACAACAAGCUCCGUCAAAGCAGUUUUACUUCGGCAUGAUUGAAAGCAAACAAACGAAUACUCACGAGCAUCUAAAGGACUUCCCAGGCCUAGGAAGCCCAAUCAUCGAAGAAAUAUCAAACUUCCACCUGAUAGAACAAAAGCUGCUAAAUUAUCAUGAGGAAGAUGAGGAUUUUGAUAAGUUUAAUGCUAAGAUGAAGGAGGAAACAAAAAUUAAGAAUUUAUCAUCGGAAUCCGCACUGUCAUCAGAAGGGUCAGAAGGCUCAUGUUCAGAAGGUUCGCUGGGUAUCGCCCUCCGCUUACGACCAACACUACCGAAGAAGCAGCGCGCCGUACCACGAUUUUCUCCUGCUGCAGCCUGGCGACAACUAGCGUCGUUGGAUGAUCAUCUUGCAGCAGAAACUCAACCGCUAGCUGUAGAAACAAAGAUGUCGGGUGACAUAUCAGCUGAGUCAUCACCAAGAUCGGACCAAUCUGCCGAUAAGUCUGGUGACUCCGGCAUCUCAGGCGACCAUGCGCAUUCAGAUCACAGGAUAGACUCACCAUCUAGACAUCAUGCGCAAGACACGAGUCCGGCAGCUUGGACACCUCAACAAGACCUGGGUGACAGCAGUUCGGACGGAGCAGGUGGUGGAGUUGCCUUACUAGGUGCUGGCCUUGCCACCUAUAGCCCGGGCCACCAGCCCUUCAGCCUGUCACUGCCUAGGGACCAGCAAGAUCGAGGCAAACAGUUACAGCAAGGCUUCAACAGUCUUCAGAAGCUUCGGAAGUCUGUGUCUGGUGCCUUAGGAGCGGCUUUAGGAUCUAGAAGAUUUGAUUUGGAACAUGAGCCGAUGUUACAAGAACCGGAACAGAAUUGGUUCCUAACGAAAUCUGCCCCAAAUUCUCUCACCAAUCCAUUGAUGUUUCAACAACCUGCCAGGGCCAAGGGUACUGAAGAAGAUGCUAUAAAAGAGGAAUCUUUACCAGGUUCUGAAAAGGAGGAGCUGGGCACAUGGCGUCCUGGUACUUCUUACUUAUCAUGGGGUGGGCACGUGAUGUACCUUCCCCCUGCUCCUGCAGCUGAACAGCCGCUGUCCAUGCUCGGCCCUAUUGAUAGACCUGUCAGGAGCAAGUCUAGUGGUUGUUUGGAAGCGGGCGCGCGGGCUGCGCGUGCGGCGCUAUGCGCGGAGAUGCGCGAGCGCGAACGAUCCGCGUCACCUGAGGUACAGCGCGCACUGCCUGCGAGGGUACUGCCCACCAAUACUCGCUCCUCAAACGCGACAGGUCGUGGCAAGCGGUUCACGUUCCAGUCCACGGUGCGACAGCUGGAGAGACGGCGUCUGGCUGAGAAGCUUUCCAAGGAGGCUGACCUCAAGGAGCAACAGAGAAGAACCGAGCUGGAGGCCAUGAGGAGAGUGGAAGAGGAGUUCCAGAGGAAGCGUGCGAGGGAGAAGGCGAACAUUCGGCAACAAUUGCGACUAGUCAGCAGCGGCGCCAACAGCAUGCCUGCACACACCACACAUCACACCAAGCCUCGUGAUUCCCCGGACGGAUCCUGUCGCGAGUCCCCGGCGCCGGAGCGCACCCGUGACUCCCAGAGACACAGCAACGCCUCCUCCGAGAUUAGCGGCCGCAGCAAGAGCUCCACACCUAUUCGCAGCGUGGAACUGUCACCGUGGCGUACAAGUGGCGGCGCACGUGUGUACCGCGACUGGUCGGCUGCGCACGCGCAUCCCGCCGCCUGCGCACGCAUGCCCAUCGCAUCCCAACAACUUUACAAUGAGGGCUCAGGAUCUGCGUUCAGCGGAAGCCCGGUAUCGGACAACUAUCGCCGCGAGUUUGCGCGCGGGCGCAGCUCCGGCUCGCCACUGACGCCGCGCGCGCCCCGCUUGCUGCCCGCCGCCGACCGAUCCACGUCCGGCUCUGAUCUGUCUCUGCGACACCCCAUCAAGAUCAGUGAGCCGACUAAGGGAGACCCAGAACAGGACGAGCCAGCCAUUGUCCCCACCCUGCGACCGGCUGGACCUGCCCGCACCGCGCUCCUCACUCACUGACACUCACUCACAACGAGUUACCGACACUCAAGAGUCGACAACACUCACUCACAUCCACUCUACUAAGAAUCAUUGGCCACUAAACAGCGCUUUGAUUGAGAAUGGAAACAGUGAGACUGAUAAAAGUUGGAAAUACUCAUCAGUGUCUUAAAUAUGUAAUCUGAGGACUUGUCACAUAAAAACAUAAACUUGUAUCUAUAUGUUGGACUGUAAUCUAUGUAAACUUUUAUUUAUUUACCCUAUAUACUUAUUAGGAGUUCGUUACCUGAUAUGUUAUUGGUUUGCCGUUUAUAUACUUAACGAUGGCCACGAUAAGUGCCAAUCCAAAAAUGCUACGUUAUAGUAAUUAAAAGUAAAUAUUAAGAUACUAACAACUACAAUGAAAUGAAAUGUAAUCCUUUUUAUAAAUUAGUUUUGGAAGUCAUUAUAGCUACGAGGCGAGCAAAUGUCCGGUGCUCUGUGGAAGCCGGAAUGGGUGUGUUAGCAAUCUGUAUGCUUGCGCGUCACGCGAGCCGCCAUGCUAAAAUUUGGGUCGUCGGCGACCAUGUAUUGUUCUAUUUUUAUUAUUUACCCUUUGGUUCUCUUUCUUGACCUGAGGCCGGCGAGGUCACUCCGUCUACUUAGGCUACUUACUUAGACUUGUAGACCUGCCCUUUAAUGAAUUCCUUUCUUACAGGCAAGCUCGAAUAAAGCAGUCAGUGUGAUUCAUACUGCGAAACAGCUCAUGUUUUUCUAACAAUUUUCUCUGUUUUAAAUUCUGUUCUAUUGAUGAUUUAUCUCUAUACUAUAAUUAAUUGUACGUCGCCAAUUUCCCCAAAGGUUCCGUUAUCAAUGUAUUAUUGUUUAGUACUCUCUUCCAAAUGUAAUGUUAAUUAACGAUUAUUGUGAAAUUAUUGACUCCGAAGAGUGCUUUAAUUCGCAUCUGUUAUGUACUUAAGUUAUGUAAAAGUUUGUAUUUAAUCUAGAUUAUAUUUUACUUGUUGAAGCUGUUGACACAAGGGGAAAAUAUGCUUUUAAGAAAGAAUGAGUUAUUUUGGUCAUAUUUGUGUGAUUUUCUUUUUGUGUAAACAGCUUAUACUUAGUUUGUAAUCUUACUAGUUAUAGUUUCCGAUGUAAGCUAAAUACUGAAGCUUUAAUAUAGAUUUAACUCUAGCCUUAUGUACUUAGUGGUGCUAUUUACUGUUAUAAUGUGGCGAGGAUGCAAAAAAAGUCUGCGUUAGACGCUACAUUCUGACAAAACUACUGAUAGGUGCUAAAACAUAUCGAAUUUUUUUAUACUUAUCAUCUUAAACUGGCAUUUUAUUUGAAUUAUUUACCAGAAACUAUCAAAGCACGUUGGUUUUUCGUCUAUUUUGAAAGCUAAUAUAACAUUCGUGAUGGGACAUCCUGCCAUUUCCAUUGUGUCCCUUAAUUGAUACUUCCCCUUUAGAGUAACCUUUGUGACAGGUCGUGACUCGAUCAAUCAUUCGCUAUAAUGUUCCGGGUCGGUCGGACCGAGGUGCGGCGUGACCGGGUUAGGCGUGAAACCUACUCAAACUCACUGAUCGAUUGUCGCAGCACUACUUUAUGAUGUGAAAAAUAAUAAUGGGCGGUUUUUAUUAAAAUAAUGUUAUAUUAUUAGGGUAGCUACAACAAUUUGAAAUCAUUAAAGAGUGUUUAAAUCGAGGUAGAAAUAUUUUUCAAGGGUUUUUAAUAGACUAUAAAAAUAUAUUGGAAAUGACUGGAAAUAGUGCUAUUUUAUGAGCGUGUUAAGUCUGCUGGUCAAUUAAUAUGGAUGAAGAAUCGAAUUGCUUAAUAAUAAAGUAAAAAAGAAAAUGAAUGAUAAACAUAUAUUUGAAAUACUUAUACUCCUAUAAAUAAGUUAAUUCAUUUAUCUAUAUUUAUCAUACAGAUAUACCACAAUAUACGUAAUGAAUAUAAAUUAAAAUGUUUAUUCAUUUUGUUUAAUAAAAUUUAACAUAACAGUAAAAUAAACAACAAGUAUUUUAUAUUUAAGAUUAAAAUUAAAAUAAAUCUAAUAUAAAACGGCUCAAUUGUAUAUACUUAUAUAACUUUAUUAUGAAUAAUCGUUAAUAUAUUAUUAUUCAUAUUAAUUUUGUUACUUUUAUUAAAUACAUAUUCUAUAAUAAUGGAUUUAUUGGUAGCAUUU